UUUAUUUCUUAAGUUAGUUGGUUACUUGCCUUCUUGAGAAAUAUGGAAGAUGAAGAUGAAAUUGAUGUUUUAGGAGAAUUCAACCUAGAAAAUAUUCUAACAAAUAAUGAACAAAUAACAUCGUGUUAUGAUGGGGAACAUCAGUUGGGUCUUAACUGUGAUUCUUCAUGGAUGCUGGAUUCAACUCAGUCGUGUUGGUAUAACAGCAAGUCUGAGCCUCAGCCUUCCUUGGAAGAGUUCCCAUCAACAUUCAAUGCUCCAGAAUUAACAGACAGUAAUGCUUGGUCUGAAAAGGAGAAAUAUUUAUUGGAAAAAGGCUUGGAGCUAUUUGGAAGGAGUUAUUCCCGUUUAUCUCAGUAUAUAGGGACAAAAAGCUCAAGCCAAGUGAAGUCUUACAUGUCUCAUCAGAAGUCACUCGGAUUGGGUUGGAUUGGCAAGAAUUCUGUGUCGUCGUCUACCGUUGGGGUUGACGGGAUGGAUUUCAACUUUACGGAAAUAAUCCAUGAUAUAGAAAUACCUGCAUCAAUGGAGGAAGUAAUCGCAGUUGUCAGUACUGCUCAGCCAACUGUAAUCCUUCCAAAUUCCAACCGAGAAUCAAGCUCAACGUCAAAUUCCUCCUUAAUCAGGAAAAAGUGUCGUAGGAGAAAACAUUCUAAAUCUUGUUCGAAAAGAAGUCAAGCUCCUGUUUCUGACUUCAAGGAUGUUGCCCGAGUAUACAAAGCUGAAGACAUCAAGGACGUGUUAACUGGCAAUAAGGAGCAGGAUUCAAUAGUCUUACCUACGGGAGAACAAGUGAUAAGAAUACGUCACGAAUCAAAUGUCAGCGAAGACGGCGAGGUAGAUAUUGAUGUCAACUCUGAACCUGACACUAAAGAAAGUAUUGAUAUAAAGAUUCCUUUAGAGAAUAAAAACUCACAACCGCUCACUAAAGAAACUAUUGGUCCUGUGGCAGAAAGUUCCGAAGAAUUAAAAGAAGAGGUGUUUGAGUUUGAAGAAGACGCAAUCAUAGAUUUUUCCGAUAUCAAAGAUGAGCUUUUCCUGCCUGAUGUUGCCACUGAGGUGUCAGUUUUUACAGAGGGUUUUAUCGAGAAAAAACCAACGCCAGAUGUGGAAACUGACACUCAGGUGUUUAGAGGCAACCUUGUUACGCCAAGUGGGAAAGUUAUGACUGUUAUUGUCGACGAUCUUCCAAACGCUCGUUAUAAUAAUGUGGGAAAUGAAAAGUCGCAAGACUCCGCGCCACUUGCCACACAAGACCCGCUGUUGGAUGCAGUCUACGAUCUUCCUCCCCCCACCUGUGAAGCUGUUCUUCAAACUUUCAUAGUGACAAAAGAAGAGCAGCUUCUACACCCUGAGUUUUUUGAUAAAAACUUCCAUGGUUUAAGCCGCUACAUGAAGAUCCGCAAUCACAUCAAUGAGUGUUGGAUGAAUUCUAAACCAAAAUAUGUGUCAAACACUUCAGUGCUGGCUUCACCCAGUUUCUCUGAAGACGACUUAAAAGAUACUAUUCUAAUAAAAAGAAUUCAUGCAUAUCUUGAAAGGAAGGGCUAUAUCAACUAUGGUUGUGAACACUCACAUUAUAACAACUCUGUUGGCUCCGACGUUGUUUUGGAAGACUUCAGUGAUCAGGUGUGCAGUAUUGUUGAAGUGGACAGCUGUUCAGUUGAGACUGACGAUGUAACUGAGUACUCAGUGUCCUCGAUAGAGCACGCGUCCAGCAUCAACAAAGAGGAAGAACCGGCGAUAGAAAAGGUUAAACAUGUCGGGAACAGCAGAGUUCGCAAAAAGAAAGUGGUUGAACAAGGAUGUGAAAAAAUCAGAAAAACUUCAAACCCAAUAGUACAAAAGCCAGGUUCCAGAAGUAAGAACACAUCUAAGAAACCUCGCAAGCAAAGUUCGAGGCUAUCACCACUAUGGAGACCUAAUAAGACUGUUAACAACAACAGUGAAGGUUACACAAUGAUGCACGCAACAACAGGGGAAGUUAUAGUGCAACAUAAUCAAAAACGGCAAACUAACAAAAUGCUGACGAGAGGAAUCAGACCCGUCAGGCUAAUCCACUGCAAGAACUACGUUAGUAGAAAGGCGCCUUACAAAGUGGAACUAGAAGUGACAGUGCUGUUGUUGGUAGACAUUCACAGUCACUUGUCACCCAAGUGUGAGGUGAUCGGACUGUUGGGAGGCUCACACAGGACGUCAGACAAUGUCCUCACCAUCACCAUGGCUGUGCCUUGCAGAACUGUGCUCAGUAGCAACAUACACUGUGACAUGUGUCCAGAACUGUGCUCAGUAGCAACAUACACUGUGACAUGUGUCCAGUCACUAGAGAUAUCACCAUACUGUCACUUGUCACCCAAGUGUGAGGUGAUCGGACUGUUGGGAGGCUCACACAGGACGUCAGACAAUGUCCUCACCAUCACCAUGGCUGUGCCUUGCAGAACUGUGCUCAGUAGCAACAUCCACUGUGACAUGUGUCCAGAGAUAUCACCAUACUGUCACUUGUCACCCAAGUGUGAGGUGAUCGGACUGUUGGGAGGCUCACACAGGACGUCAGACAAUGUCCUCACCAUCACCAUGGCUGUGCCUUGCAGAACUGUGCUCAGUAGCAACAUCCACUGUGACAUGUGUCCAGAGAUAUCACCAUACUGUCACUUGUCACCCAAGUGUGAGGUGAUCGGACUGUUGGGAGGCUCACACAGGACGUCAGACAAUGUCCUCACCAUCACCAUGGCUGUGCCUUGCAGAACUGUGCUCAGUAGCAACAUACACUGUGACAUGUGUCCAGAGAUAUCACCAUACUGUCACUUGUCACCCAAAUGUGAGGUGAUCGGACUGUUGGGAGGCUCACACAGGACGUCAGACAAUGUCCUCACCAUCACCAUGGCUGUGCCUUGCAGAACUGUGCUCAGUAGCAACAUACACUGUGACAUGUGUCCAGAGAUAUCACCAUACUGUCACUUGUCACCCAAGUGUGAGGUGAUCGGACUGUUGGGAGGCUCACACAGGACGUCAGACAAUGUCCUCACCAUCACCAUGGCUGUGCCUUGCAGAACUGUGCUCAGUAGCAACAUACACUGUGACAUGUGUCCAGAGAUAUCACCAUACUGUCACUUGUCACCCAAGUGUGAGGUGAUCGGACUUUUGGGAGGCUCACACAGGACGUCAGACAAUGUCCUCACCAUCACCAUGGCUGUGCCUUGCAGAACUGUGCUCAGUAGCAACAUACACUGUGACAUGUGUCCAGACACUGGCUUCAGAGUGAAAUCUGGUACGUUGAUGGGCACCUUCAUCAUAUUUUUAGCAGCAGCAAUGGAAGGCGGCACUUGGUUGCGGACAUCAUCAACCGAAGAGACGAAGAAGUCACUGAAGAUCUGCGAAGUCAGUCUACUGAAGUCCCUGAUCAGCUUAGGAGUAGGUUUUACAUGGUCGAUAUUUUUAGCCAGACAGAUCGAUGUUAACAGAGCAUUGUGGUCAGACAAGGGUGGUGAGAGAACUGAAGUGUUUGCAUCUUCUUCAGAACUGUGCUCAGUAGCAACAUACACUGUGACAUGUGUCCAGUGUGAGGUGAUCGGACUGUUGGGAGGCUCACACAGGACGUCAGACAAUGUCCUCACCAUCACCAUGGCUGUGCCUUGCAGAACUGUGCUCAGUAGCAACAUCCACUGUGACAUGUGUCCAGUGUCGCAGUGCGAAAGCAGUGAGAUGAUCACCAGUCAAGGCAUGUCUGUGGUUGGUUGGUACCAUUCUCAUCCCAACUUUGACCCGUCCCCGUCCGACACCGAUGUCGACACUCAGAACACGCUGCAGUCGUGGUUCAAGGACAGCGGUCAGCCCUUUGUAGGCCUCAUCAUCUCACCGUACUUCCCCUCCCAUGAUGUCUCUUUCUACAGGUGUUGCCUAGUAGAAACAGAGGGCAAGGGACCUGUGCCUUAUCAGCUGGAAGUGAAGCUUAUCAAUUUAUACAGCAACAACGGAAUGCCUUUGAAACACAUACAGCCUAUUGAGACAGCGUUCAAGACUUUGCAGACAUUCGAGCCCAUCCGACAGCUCAAUGUGUACAAGUGCUUGGAAAGUGCAAAGCAUCACCUAAGAAAAGCCGCCCCCAAAGUGGAGGAGGAAAAAGUCUCUCAGAUUGUGAAAGAAAUCAGAGACUGUAUAAAGGAAGGAUUUCUGUCAUUAGUGAAGAAAAAAUGACAGGGGAAAGAGAAAUUGAAUAUCUUCCAUUUGUACAUUUUGUACAUGACACUUACUUUUGACUCACAAUGGGUUACCUGUAGUAUUUGUAUGAUACUAAUUACGACAGAGGUACAAUAUUUUCAGCUUUAAAUGGUAGACAAAGUGAAUAGUGACUAUAGUCACAUAUACAACUCAGUGAAUUUGUUAUUUCAUAAAGGAUUACUUAUUUAUUUAGUUGAUUUAUUUGUUUAGGAUACAAAGCUGAUUUAUUCAAGUCAAAAUCAGGCUAAACAUUCAAGACAACACAUAAACAUUCUAAACAUUCUAAAUCUACAAGAUGAGGAUAAUAUUUAUAUAUAGCUAGUCCAGCAUCUGUCUAAGGGGUUAUUUUGACACUAAAUAAGCCUUCUGGGCACGUUCAUUAGAGUUCAACAGCCAAUGUUUACCUGUUUUCUAAAAUAGCCCUUUGGACUCGCAAUGUUUAGUAAGAUAUGUACUGAUUGAACAGCUAUUUUUCGGACGGUGUUCACUAAUCAGCACAGCUGAUGUUCAUAGGUUCAAAUAAUUAAUUUGAAAAACAGCGAAGAAUUUGUUUAAAAAUAUUUCUUUAAACACACAAUGUAAAGCAGUGCCAUCUAAAUGUAAAGUAUUAAUUUAUCAUGAUUUAUGA